UAGCUCGGAAUAGAAAUGUCGACAUGCCUGGCCACACCAUGGCGACACCUUCUGUUUCACCUUCGCCCGUCCCCGGUCGCCCUCCGAACCGGCCGGUUCGCCGUUGCCCGCCCCCUCCAUAAAUUGCCCAAUCUCGCUUCUUGCCGCUCUCACGUGGGUCGCCUCCCCCGCUCCCGUUCGACGAGUCUGAAUCGCCCUGUCUCUGCUGCCGCCUUUGACUCCAAGAUGGGCUCCCUCUCCCCGGCCGCCUCCGAGGCCCUCCAGCCGCUCCAUUAUCCUCCGGCACGCCGCGACGAGUCCGUCGUCGACUAUUACCACGGCGUCCGCGUCGCCGACCCCUACCGAUGGUUGGAGGAUCCCGACGCCGAGGAGGUCAAGGAAUUCGUGGAGAAGCAGGUGACGCUGACGGAGUCGGUGCUGGCGAAGUGCGAGGAGAGGGAAAAGUUGCGGCAGAAGAUCACGACGUUGUUUGAUCAUCCCCGCUAUGAUACGCCGUACAAGCGCGGUGGAAAAUACUUCUACUAUCAUAAUACGGGCCUCCAGGCUCAGAGCGUUCUCUACGUCCAGAAAGAUUUGGAUGGAGAGGCAGAGGUUCUAUUGGAUCCCAACAAACUUAGUGAGGAUGGAACUGUGGCUCUCUCAAUGGCUUCUAUUAGCAAGGAUGGGAAGUAUUUGGCUUACGGACUUAGUGCAAGCGGAAGCGAUUGGGUUACAAUCAAGGUGAUGAGAGUUGAUGAUAAGGAAGCAGAACCAGAUACCAUAUCAUGGGUAAAGUUCUCAUCAGUCAGUUGGACCCAUGAUGGAAAUGGUUUCUUCUAUGGUCGCUAUCCAACUCCCAAACAAGGGACUGAACUGGAUGCGGGGACGGAGACAAAUAUCAAUUUGAAUCAUGAGCUUUACUAUCAUUUCUUGGGCACAGAUCAGUCAGAGGAUAUCUUAUGCUGGAGAGAUCCGGAGCAUCCAAAGUAUACUUUUAGUGGUUCUGUGACUAAUGAUGGCAAGUAUGUCCUUCUACAAAUCAAUGAAGGUUGUGAUCCUGUGAAUAAGUUAUAUUACUGUGACCUGCAGUCACUUUCUACUGGGCUUGAAGGCUUUAAAGGAAGUAAUGAAAUGCUUCCUUUUAUUAAACUCAUUGACAACUUUGAAGCAAGUUAUGCGGCUGUGGCAAAUGAUGGCAGUGAAUUUACCUUUUUGACAAACAAAGGAGCUCCAAGAUAUAAGCUAGUAAGGGUAGACAUCAAGAAGCCAGAACUCUGGACUGACAUUAUACCAGAACAUGAAAAAGAUGUGCUGGAAUCAGCCGUCGCUGUGAAUGGUAACCAGAUAGUGGUAUGCUAUCUGAGUGAUGUUAAGCAUGUUUUGCAAAUUAGGGAUUUGGUAACAGGAGAAUUGCUACAUGCUUUACCAUUAGAUGUUGGUAGUGUCUCUGGGAUUUCUGGUAGGCGUGAAGACACCACAAUAUUUAUUGGCUUCACUAGCUUCCUUACACCUGGAAUUAUUUACAAGUGUGAUUUAGCGCCAGAAGUUCCAGAAAUGGAGAUAUUUCGCGAAAUUUCUGUUGCUGGGUUUGAUCGCACUGAGUUUGAGGUUAAACAAGUUUUCUCUUCUAGCAAGGAUGGGACCAAGAUACCCAUGUUUGUUGUGUCAAAGAAGAAUACCCAACUUGAUGGAUCAAAUCCAGUUCUACUAUAUGGCUAUGGAGGCUUCAACAUCAGCAUUACACCUUCAUUUAGUGUGUCUCGUCUUGUUCUUGCAAGAAACUUAGGUUGUGUCAUAUGCAUAGCCAAUAUUCGUGGUGGAGGAGAAUAUGGAGAAGAAUGGCAUAAGGCAGGAUCACUUUCUAAGAAACAAAAUUGCUUUGAUGAUUUUAUUUCUGCUUCUGAGUUCCUUGUUUCAAAUGGUUAUACAAACCCAAGACGACUAUGUAUUGAGGGCGGAAGCAAUGGUGGGCUCCUUGUUGCAGCUUGCAUGAAUCAGCGUCCAGAUCUUUUUGGGUGUGUUCUUGGUCAUGUUGGCGUUAUGGACAUGCUUCGAUUCCAUAAGUUCACUAUUGGUCAUGCCUGGACUUCUGAUUAUGGUUGUUCAGACAAUGAGGAGGAAUUCAAUUGGCUAAUUAAAUACUCACCACUUCAUAAUGUAACAAGACCAUGGGAAAAGAGCUCUGGUAUGCUGUGCCAGUACCCAUCAACCAUGCUUUUGACAGCUGAUCAUGAUGAUCGUGUUGUGCCUUUGCACUCAUUGAAACUACUAGCAACGUUGCAAUACAUCUUGUAUACAAGUGUUGAGAACAGUUCACAGACCAACCCAAUAAUUGGUCGCAUUGAAUGCAAGGCAGGACAUGGAGCUGGUCGGCCUACCCAGAAAAUGAUCGACGAAGCUGCGGAUCGUUAUAGCUUUAUGGCAAAAGUGUUAGGCAUCUCAUGGAUUGAGUAAGACUAGUAACCGUCGAGCCCAUUCGCGGACAAAGAUUAUGGAUUAGAAUUGAUGCUGAAAUUGGGAUUGGGAUUGCCAACACAUGGCAAUAUAGAACUUGUUUCUUUCCUUCUCAUAUCUUAAUUAUGUAAUCGACUGUGUACUUUAUCUAAUCUACAUUAUCAACUCAACCAACCUCUUCCGAGUUCGGUUGAAAUUAUCUUAUUGUUAUGGCGAUUUCCAAAAGAACUGUAUCAGAUUCAUUCCAAAGAAUAAGAUUAAUGGUUACUGCUA